AUGAUGUUUCGUCCCGAAAAAUGUUGGCCCCUGCUGGUAUUGCUGGGAUCAGCAGUCGUCGCUUCAGUCGGUUCAAGUGGAGUUCCGGGAGAAGAGGUCGCGCGCUGCAACGCGGGUCAGUUCAGGUGCGCGGACGGCUCGCGCUGCGUCCCCGCUUCGUGGCGAUGCGACGGGCGACCGCACUGCGACGACGGCUCCGACGAACUCCAAUGUCCGUCUAACGCCACUUGCGGCGCGGGCCAAUUCCGCUGCGCUUCGAGCGGCCUAUGCAUCGCCGCGAGCUGGCGGUGUGACGGCGACGACGACUGCGGGCCGCGCGACUCCUCCGACGAGGACCCUUACAUGUGCGAGAAAGACUUUAAGUGCUGGGGCAACUGGGCGCGCUGCUCGACGCCGGUCGGGGGCCGCUUCACCUGCGUGCCCGUGUACCAGUUCUGCGACGGGAGCAGGCACUGCCCCGACGGCAGCGACGAAUGGGAUAUCUGCGACAACUUCACUUCGGCCGCGUGCGCUGCCGCUGGAUGCAGCGAGUGUCGGCCGACGCACGAGGGUCUCGCGUGCUACUGCGCGCCCGGCUACAACCCGCGUAACGGAACCUGCGUUGAUAGCGACGAGUGCCAGUGGGAAGGCGCGUGCUCUCAGCUCUGUCGCAACACGCCCGGUGCGUACGAGUGCGGCUGCGCCGCCGGUUACGAACUCCGCGCUGACAAGCACUCCUGCGCCGCUAUCAACGAUCCGCCGGACGAGCCCCUGUCGUUAGUGGUGGUGACGCAGAGCGAAGUGCGCCGGGAGUGGCUGCCCGGUCCCGCGCGCCACCAGAACUCGUCUCUGCCCGCGCUCAACGUUCGCGCUGUCGACAUCCUCUACAGUAACAGAUCCAUCUGCUACAUCCAUCACAACGUGAGCCGAUCUAACGUCGUGUGCGUGGGCGCUGACGAUUUCUCGCAAAGAACGACGCUCCCUUCGCCCGAUCUCUUCCCGGACUUAGAGUCGGUGUCGCACCUGGCGGCGGACUGGCUGUCCGGCGCGUGGUACCUGUCAGACGAGGCUCGGGAGGCGAUCUACGCGUGCGAGCGCGGGCUGAGCGCGUGCCGCGUGCUGCUCGACGCCGACCUGAGCAAGGUCCACGGCUUCGCGCUCGAUCCCAUUGCUGGACUCAUGUUCUGGUCGGUGUGGGGAGCGGUGCCGGCGCGCGUCGAGGCCAGUACACUCUGGGGCGGCGAGAGGCGCGGCCUGGUCGCUCAGCGGCUGGUGUACCCGUCCGCGCUGGCCGUGGAACCCGCCGCGCGGUACCUGUACUGGGCCGACGCCUACCUCGACAGUCUCGAGCGCGUGCGCUAUGACGGCUCCGGGCGCAUGACUCUCCGCAAAGGAUAUUCGAGUCAGAAGCUGCACUGUAUCGCGGUGCUGGAAGGUCGCCUGUUCCUGCCGUUCUGGGCGAACAGCAGCGUCCUGCAACUCACACCUAACCGCGUGCCCACCGAUUCCGAUGUCAUCGCGUUAAGGUCGCGCCCUACUUCCGUCAUCGUGUUCCACCGACAGAAGCAACCUAUAGGUUUCUCCUAUUGCUCUGCUCUGAUUAGGUACAAAAUGGUGGAAAUCUGUUUAGCAGUUUUGGAUUGUCGUCUCAUGAGAGCUUUACGUAUUGCAGUACCGCAUCCGUGUUCCGUCCGGCGAGGCGGGUGCGCGCACAUCUGCAUCACGGCUUACCGCAACGGGACCGCGCACGCGCACUGCAUCUGUCGCCACGGGUAUCGUCUCGUCGGCCACGGCGACUGCGAACGCGUCGAACUAGACGAGUGGCUGCUGGUCUGCCGGGGGUCCCCGCCGCUGGUGGAGAGCGUGGCGGUCGGCCGAGCGGGAAGUGAGGAGGAGGCGGCGGCCCCCGCUACGCACGCCGCGCGUCCCACCGCAGCCGAUGUAGACUUCGCCACGGACACGCUCUACUACUGCGACGUGCACAGAUACGAGAUCGUGAGGCAGAAGCUCGACGGAAGCGGCCGCGAGGUGUUUAUUGGCCGGGACGUGGACAACUGCGAAGGGCUCGCCGUCGACUGGAUAGGUCGCAACUUGUACUGGACCGACGACGCCCUGGGUCAGGUGAGCGUGGCGAGGUUGGAGCGACCGGAAGCCCGCGUCGCGCUCGUCUCCGAGCCGGACUUCAAUCCGCGAGCGAUCGUGCUCGACCCCGCCAACGGCGUCAUGUUCUGGACCGUGUGGGAAGGAGCCGGCGGAGGCGCGAGCGGAGGUCGCAUCGAGACUGCCCAGAUGGACGGCUCUCGGCGACGGCUUCUCGUCCACGCCGCGCUGCACUGGCCCAAUGGCCUCGUGCAUGACUCCGAAGCCGGAUACCUUUACUGGUGCGACACGUAUCUGAACAAGAUCGAGCGACUGCGCGUGACCGUCGAGGGCGACGCGGCGGCGGGCGCGACGCGCGAAACGCUCGCGACGAACUCGCCCUCUCUUCCGCUGUCGAAGCCAUACGGACUGGCGCUCAGAUACGGCGAAGUGCUGUGGAGCGAACACGGGACGGGGCUCGUUCGGAGGUUGCGCGACGGGGUCGCGGUCGAUCUACGCUCGUUUCCGCCUCCCCUCUACGACAUCCGCUUCGUCUCCAAGAACACUAGGACAGGCUCCAACGCGUGCUCGCACGGUAACGGCGGCUGCGCGGAGAUCUGCUUGGCGCGCGGGGCGGGGCGCGUGUGCGCCUGCGGGGCGGGGCGCUCGCUCGCCCCAGACCUGCGCUCCUGUCGCAACGUCACUGGCUCCUCGGCGUCUCUCGGGGCGCAUCGCUGUCCGUCUCGACAUUUUCACUGUGGACGCGGGCGCUGCAUUGACGAGUCCCUGGUGUGCGACGGCGACGCGGACUGCCCGGACGGCUCCGACGAGGAUGCUUCCGCCGCGGGACCGUGUGCGAACGUCAAGUGCGAUGCAGAGCAGUACAUGCAGUGCGACGCCAAUCGUUGCAUCCCCAAGAGCUGGGUCUGCGACGGUCUCAAAGACUGUCGCGACGGAGCCGACGAGAGCGGCGCGUGGUGCGCUCGGGUAGUUUGUGGCGCGGAACAGUUUGCGUGCGCGCGUUCGAGGCGUUGCCUGCCUGCCGCGUGGCGCUGCGACGGCGCCGCGGACUGCGGGCCCGACGAUCGCAGCGACGAGGAACAAUGCGACGCGGGCGGUUGUUCGAGCGUGAUGUUCAAGUGCACGAACGGUGCGUGCGUUCCGUGGGAAUACUACUGCGACGGCCACGCCGACUGCGCUGACGCUUCGGACGAGCUCGCUUGUCGCGCCCCAGCCCGCUCCACAACCAUAGCACCCGGCCCGAGACCGGGAGACGCACAUGGGCGCCGGCCUACGGACGAACAGACAAACGUUCCACGCUUGUGUGAGGCGCACGAAUUUCAGUGUACCAACGAAGAGUGCAUCCGAAUGGAAUUCAGAUGCGACUCGCGCAUCGACUGUCUCGAUGGCUCCGAUGAGGCGAAUUGCGGCGUCGUUUCGACGCGCGCGCCUUCCUCCAGCCCCGCCACCGGGUCGCCUUCCGCCGCAACGGAGGCAGGCGAGGAGUGUUCGUGGCCUGCGAUACGCUGCGACAACGGUACGAGAUGCGUUCCGCUGUUGCAGCUCUGUGACGGCACACGCGACUGCGCCGACGGAGGAGACGAAGCGGACCGAUGCGGGGAGCCGAUGUGCUCGGUGUCCGGAUGCUCGCACUCGUGUCAGCCGACGCCGAGCGGGCCCGCAUGCGUGUGCCCCGCUCAUCUGCAUUUGCGAGCGGAUCGACGCACCUGCUCGCCGACGCACCUUUGCGAGGAGUGGGGCGUCUGCAGCCAGACCUGCCAACCCCAAAAGAGCCGAUACCGCUGCACCUGCCACGAGGGGUACCGACUCGCAGACGACGGCUUCACUUGCAAGAGCACAGAGUCGAGUCCUGCGGUCCUCGUGUUCAGCAACAGGCACGAGCUCCGGGCUGUAGAACUAGGCUCUCUGGCGUCACGGGCGCUGGUCUCUUCGCUAAAGAACACGAUCGCGCUCGACUGGCGACGCAUAGAACGCGGGGUGCAGCUCUUCUGGACGGACGUCGUCGACGACAACAUCUACCGAGGCACCAUUAUCGACAACGCGCUCAGCGACAUCUCGGCCGUCGUGCAGCAGGGAUUGUCGACUGCGGAGGGCCUAGCCGUCGACUGGGUCGGGGGUAACCUGUACUGGGUUGAGAGCAGCCUUCACCAGAUCGAGGUGGCGCGCGCGGAUGGACGCCAUCGCCGUACACUCAUCGCAGGAGACAUGGAUAGCCCUCGCGCGAUAGCCCUCGAUCCCACCAAAGGCUACUUGUUUUGGAGCGACUGGGAGCAGAGCGCGCCGCGCAUCGAGCGGGCUACGCUGGCAGGCCGCCGGCGACGCCGCGUAGUGAGCGUCCGCGCCGCCGGAGAAGGCGCUUGGCUUAACGGAAUCGCGCUGGACCACCUCGCUCAACGACUCUACUGGAUCGAUGCCAGGUCAGACUCCAUCCACACGACGACCUACGACGGCGAGGACGCGCGUGUAGUGCUGCGCGGGCACGGUGCCCUCUCUCACCCGUUUGCGAUCACCGUGUUCGAGUCCCACGUCUUUUGGACGGACUGGCGCAGCAACAGCGUAGUUCGCGCCAAUAAAUGGAACGGCUCGGACGUCACGGUCGUGCAGCGCACUCUCACACAGCCCUUCGACCUCAAGGUGAUCCACCCGAGCCGUCAGCCUGCGAGCGCGAACAACCCUUGCCGGGUGAACAACGGCGACUGCUCCCACCUCUGCCUUAUCGACACUCCCUUGGAACGAGUGUGCGCGUGCCCUCAUCUCAUGAGGCUGGCUGCGGACAACCGGACCUGCGAAGCGGAGAGGCAGGUGCUUCUCGUGGGCGUGGCGGGCGCGGUGCGCGGGCUCGCGCUACGGGGCGGGUUGGCGCAAGUGGCCCCGACGCUCGCCGGUCCGCAGCUGUCGCGACCGGCAGCACUGCAGUGCGAUGCGAUGUCACAGGCGCUCUACUGGGCCGACCCGGACACGAACGAAGUUAAGCGCGCCGAGCUUCGCGGGGGCAGGCUGCGCGUGAGCGUGCUCGCCGAUGCGGGCUUGCAGCAGCCGCGCGCGCUCGCGCUGAACGUGCCUGCGCGCCUCCUGUACUUGUGCGCGCGGGGCACGCUCGCGGUCGCCUCUCUCGACGGAGAGAGACUUACGCCGCUCUUCGAAGACCGACUUGACGCCUCCGCCCUCGCGGUGCACCCUCGCACGGGGGACGUAUACUGGGCGGCGAGUUCGGGAGGUGCCGAACGCAUAGAGACCGCACGGGGCGACGGAAGCGGGCGACGAGUGCUGCUCGACUCGAACAUUGACGCGCACCUCGCCGGAGUCACUAGUAUGACCUUGGACGCGGAAAACGACCUUCUGUAUUGGGUAAACACGGCGUCCGCUAGCAUUCAAUACUUAGACCUCGCAACUAAGACACCCAUAACGUUGGCGCUCGAGGUGGGCGCACGACCGAGCGCCAUCGAAGUGCACGCGGGGCAGGCGCUGUGGGCAGACGCGGCUACCGGCGCUCUGCGGGCGUGUGCGCAGCGUGACUGUAGCCGCCCCACUCUGCUGCGCAACAAUACAGAGGGCGUAAUCUCUCUGCGGGUGUACGACGCGGGCGCGUCGAACGAUAGCGCCGGUGUGCAGAAGGGCGCGUGCACCGAGCGCAGCGACCGGGAGCGUUGCGCGCACUUGUGCCUGCCGGUUUCGGCCGUGGCGUCCGCCUGCCGCUGCGCCCUCGGCUACUCACAGCGCGGCACCGUUUGCUCUCCCGUCGAGCCGACUCUCGUAUACUCCUUGAGUUGGGAAUUACGCGGAAUAUCCUUGGCGCCGGGCGACAAGGGCGAGGCAAAGGACGCGCUGCCGCCUCUACCGCAGAUCACGUCCGCCGCUGAUGUCGACUAUUAUGCCAAGGAAGAGUGGUUGUAUUGGGCGGAUCCGGAGGGCGGUGCCGUGUGGCGGGUGAAGCGGGACGGGUCGGGGCGUCAGCGCGUCGCUCAGCAGGCGGAGGGGGCCAGCUCGAGCGGGGCGGGCACUGCGGAAGGCGCAGCCGACUCCCUCGCCGCUCUCGCGGUCGAUUGGCUCGCCGGCAACCUUUACUGGAGCGACCCGUCGCGCGCGCUGCUCCACGUCGCCAGGCUGGACGGGUCCCAUCGCUACGUGCUCAAGGACACAGAUCCCUUCGCCGUCACCGUUCUAGCGAUGGACCCUGUGCGCGGAUGGCUCUUCCUGUCGGGUGGCAGUUGGAUCCAACGCAUGCGACCGGACGCCUCCGCUCCGCAGCUGCUCUACAACGGAACCGCCGUGGCUCACAUCGCGCUCGACACGGAGAAGCAAACCGUCUAUUGGAUAGAAUGGUGGGACGAGGUAUCGAUAUGGAGCGUGUCGUACGUCGGGGGCGCGCGACGCGGAAUUUGGCGUGGGGCUCCGCUGAGGCAUCCCGUCGCCCUGGCGCUCCACGGAGGCAUGCUCUACUGGCUAGACACGAUGCUGGCGCAGGGCGGAGCCGCACGAGCGCCUCUCUCCGACCUCAAGAACUACACGCUGCUCGUGGACAACGCCGGCGACAGCCUCAAAGAUAUUCUGAUCUGGUCCAGGGAGGAGCAGCGGGCGGCGGAGAGCGUAAAUCCGUGCGCGAUGGAGGCGGGCUACGGCGGGUGCGAAGCCCUCUGCCUUUGGGACGGGGCGCGCGCCCACUGCGCCUGCCCCCACGGAGCCUUGGCGCCCGACAACCGGACGUGCACGCCGCACACCUCGUUCUUGAUGUACGCGCGAGUGUCAAAGAUUGACAGCAUCCACCUGCAGGACGAGAACAAUCUCAACUCACCGUACCCCCCCAUCGAAAACAAGACCCUGAUGCGCAAUGCGAUUGCCCUCGCCUACGAGUACGAGACGCAGACGUUGCUCUACUCGGACAUCCAACGCGGCUCCAUCAACUCCGUGCACUUCAACGGCAGCGAGCACCGCGUGCUGCUGGACAAAUGCGGCGCCGUGGAGGGUAUGGUGGUGUCGCCGCAGACGAGAACCCUCUUUUGGACGUGCGCCUCGUGCGCCGCUCUCCGCUCCGCCUCUCUGCCUGCUCUGCGGUCCACGCCGCUCGCUCGCCGGCAGGCGCUCGUCCGGACCCUGCUGCAGCUCGACGCCGGUGACCGACCCCGAGCCAUCGACCACGAUCCUUGCGAGCAACGCGUGUACUGGACGAACUGGAACGAGAAAAGGCCGCGCAUCUCCCGGGCGCAGGCGAGCGGCCGAGGCGCGCAGGACAUAGUGACGACUGACGUGCUGAUGCCCAACGCGCUGGCCCUGGAGCACGACGCUAAGCUGCUCUACUGGGCCGACGCGCGCCUCGACAAGAUCGAGCGAACGCGCUAUGACGGCUCGCACAGACGGAUAGUGACGCAGUCCCGCUCGGAGCACCCCUACGCGCUGGCCGUGGGCGGGGGGCUACGUGUUUUGGACGGACUGGGUGUCUCGCAGUGUGCUUCGUGCGGACCGUCGCGCCGGUCUCGCGCGCCCUCUGCGUCGCGACGUGCCUCGCCCCUGCGGCGUCGUGUUCAUCGCUCCCGAUCGUCACCGAUGUUCGUCGGACCCCUGCGCCGUGAUGAACGGAGGCUGCGCCGAGCUGUGCGAGGUGGAGGCGAACGGGCACGCGCGAUGCGCCUGCGCCGGCGGCCGCGUGUUGGAGCGCGACGGUCGCGCGUGCCGACCCGCGAGGGCUGCCUGUCCUCCGGACAUGUUCGCGUGCGCGGAGGGCGCCUGUCUGCCCGCGCAGCUCGUCUGCGACGGCCGUCGCGCUCGUGUCCCGCGGAGAGCGUGGCCUGCGGCGCCGGCGGACGCUGCGCGCCUCAGUCGCGGGUGUGCGACGGGCAUCCGGACUGCGACGACGGAGCCGACGAGCGCGAUUGCGACUGCGCGCCCGAACAGUACAGGUGCACGGACGGGACAUGCGUUCCGAUCGCGGCGAGGUGCGACGGUGCGGCGCAAUGCCCGGACGGCUCCGACGAGAGCGCGUGUGGUGCGAACACUUGCGGCCCUGGAUCACUGCGCUGCGAAGAGGGAGGAGCAUGCUAUCCACCGGCCGCGCGCUGCGACGAUCAUUUCGACUGCGCAGACCGAAGCGACGAAGCAGAUUGUCCUUCCGGGAGCACAGUGUCUUUCGGCUCGAGUCGGGAGGCGUUCGAGGCGCCGUCGCUCAGCUGCCAUUCGGCUCAGUUUCGGUGCGGAGGCGGUGCCCCCGGCGCCGUUGAGUGUAUUCCGCUGGCGUGGCUCUGCGACGGACGGCCGGACUGCUCGGACGGAAGCGACGAAGCCGAGCACUGCGGCAAACGUAACGAAACCGGCGGAGAAUGCGGCGGAGGUGCAGGGCGAUGCGCGUGCGCCCCCGGCUCUUUCCGUUGCGCGCAUUCCGCCCUCUGCUUGCACACCAGUCUGUAUUGCGACGGGGACGCGGACUGCGAGGACGGCUCGGACGAGCCUCCGGGGUGUUCGGCCCGGGCGACGCCUUCACUCGUCGCCGGCGCCGCCGUGUCGGUCGAUAACGCGACGGUGGAAGAGGAGGGCGCGCUGCUCUGCGCGGGUGAGGUGGGCGCCGUGUACUGCGCGGGUCGUUGCGUGUCCGCCGCGCUCGUUUGCGACGGUCGCGACCACUGCCUGGACGGGGCUGGUGGAGGGGCCGGUUCGGACGAGGACCCGUUCGUGUGCUCGUCGUACGCGCGCGCCUUCGGCACCGAGCUUCAAGCGGCCGUGUCGGGCGGUGUAUGUUCGCGCACCGAAUGGCGAUGCGGCAACGGCGCCUGCGUCCCGCGCGACUCCCUCUGCGACGGGGUCGACUUUUGCGGAGAUUUCACCGACGAGUCUCAUUGCAAUAUCGACGAGUGCGAGGUGUCGAACGGCGGGUGCGCACACAACUGCACGGACCUUCCGGUGGGGCGCGCCUGCUGGUGUCGUCCCGGCUGGAGGCUCGGAGCGGCCGGAGAGUGCCGCGACGUCGACGAGUGCGCCGAGGACGAGCCAUGUGAUCAUCGCUGCAGGAACACGAUAGGCAGCUUCGUCUGCUCCUGCUCGCCGGGCUAUCGGCUCAUGCAGGACGGGGUCAGCUGCUUGCCCAUAUCGCCGAUGGAGGCAUCGUUGAUCUUCACGAACCGGUACUACAUACGGCGCACGGCCAUCCGCGCCGACGACGACGAAGUGCGGGGCGACGCGAGCACGUCCCUGCUCGUGCACAACCUGACAAACGCAGUGGCGCUAGACGCAGAGUGGGCGCGCGGCUGCCUCUACUGGAGCGACGUGACGCGCCUCGGCAGCUCCAUCAAGCGCGUCUGUCGCCCGAACGCGUUGCGCGGGGCGGCCUCUCCGCCCGGGCCUCCGCCGCUCCGCCUGCCCGCUCUGCACCCGGACGAGUACAAAGUGGUGGCCGGCGCCACGCUACAGAACCCGGACGGCCUCGCCGUCGACUGGGUCGCGGGGAAUGUGUACUGGUGCGAUAAGGGUACGGACACUAUCGAGGCGGCGAGACUCGAUGGUCGGCACAGACGCGUCAUCGUCCGGAACGGCCUGCGGGAGCCGCGAGCCCUCGCGCUGCACCCCGCCGCCGCCCACCUCUACUGGUCCGACUGGGGCAGCGAGCCGCAGAUCGGGCGCGCUGGAAUGGAUGGCUCCCAGCCUGAGAUACUCAUAGCGGACAACCUCGGCUGGCCGAACGCUCUGACCGUCUCGUACGCUUCCAAAGAGCUAUACUUCGCGGACGCACGAGAGGAUUACAUCGCCGUCGCCGACCUCGACGGUGGUCGCGUGAGGAUACUGUUUUCCAGAGAGCGCAUGCCGUGGCUGCGGCUGCAUCACGUGUUCGCCAUAGCCGCGUGGGGCGGGCGCAUAUACUGGAGCGACUGGGAGACACGCGCCGUGGAGAGCUGCCGCCGACGCCCGGACAUGCGAUACAACGACUCGGCGGUGCAGCCCCUGGCCAGCGGCGGCGCGUGGCGAUGCCGCACUGAGGUUCACACCGUGCACAAGCCUAUGGACCUGCGCGUGCUGCACCCCGCCCGUCAGCCACCUUCGCCGGAGUUGAGCUCGAUGUGCGAGCGGCUGAACUGCUCUGGCCUGUGCCUGCUGAGCCCCGGGCCGAAGGCCAAGUGCGCGUGCCCCGAGCACUGGGCGCUGCAGUCGGACGGCCGCUCGUGCGCGCCCAACUGCACCUCGGCGCACUUCGUGUGCGAGCGAGCGUUGAAGUGUAUUCCGUUCUGGUGGAAGUGCGAUACGCAGGACGACUGCGGUGACGGGUCCGACGAGCCAGAGUCUUGCCCCGCGUUCCGGUGCUCUCCGGGGCAGUUCCAGUGCUCCAACGGGCGCUGCGUACAUCCGGCGCACAUCUGCGACGGCACGCAGCAAUGCGGGGACGGGUCCGACGAAGUCGACUGCGACCGCUUCACGUGUCUGUCGUCGCAGUGGAAGUGCCGCGGUAACGCCUCCGCCGCCGUGUCGGCGCGAUGCGUUUCGUCUGCCGCCCGCUGCAACGGCCGCGCCGACUGCCACGACGGAGACGAUGAGCUCGACUGUCCGCCGCGCACCUGUCCCCCACAACACUUCACGUGCGGCAACGGCGCCUGCGUGCCACUCGUCUGGCUCUGCGACCAGGACUCCGAUUGCGAAGACAAAUCUGACGAGGGGGAUCUCUGCGCGGCUCGGACGUGCGCGCGCGCUGAAUUUCGAUGUUCAUCCGGGCGCUGCAUUCCGCGCGACUGGCUCUGCGACGGCGACCCGGACUGCCCCGAGCGCGAGGACGAACGCGACUGCGCGCUCCGCUCGGUCUGCGAGGCUACCUACUUCCGCUGCGGAGACGCGCGCUGCAUCCCAGGCCGCUGGCGCUGCGACUUCGAAGAGGACUGCGCGGACGGAUCCGACGAACGAGACUGCACACCGAGGAAUUGCUCCGAGUCGGAGUUCAGGUGCGACAACGGCGAGUGCAUCCGGGGCUCGCUGCGGUGCUCCGGCGCGCCAGACUGCAGCGCGGGCGAGGACGAGGCGGGCUGCGCGCCUCAGUGCGGGAACAGCGCGCGACCAUGCCUUGGCACCGGAGAGUGCUUGCCGAGUGAGUGGUGGUGCGACGGUGAAGAGGACUGUCCCGACGGGUCCGACGAGGCGGUCUGCGGAGCGGCCGCGUCGGGCCGGGACGACCGCUGCGGGGCGAGGCUGGCGUGCGGAACAAGAUGCGUGCCGGCCGCCUGGCGAUGCGACGGGCGCAAAGACUGCCCCGACGGGAGCGACGAGCGCGCCGAUGUCUGCGCCUCGACGGUGUGCACUCCGCCCAUGAUCAGAUGCGGCGACAACACUUGCGUGCCGCCCAACCUGCUGUGCGACGGCCACGCGGACUGCGCGGACGGCGCCGACGAGGAUAAGCUGUGUCGCGAGUUCGAGGAGCGCUUGUGCGGCGAGGAUCAGUUCCUGUGCGAAGACGGCCGCUGCGUCGCCUCCGACGAGACCUGUUCGCCGGAGCGCGGAGACUGCACGUGGCGCUCGUGCCCGCAGAUCUGCAUGCCGAAGCACUCGCACAACCACACCUGCAAGUGCGCCUUCGGCUACCGGCAGCGAGUGCUCGCCGACAAAAGAGUCACGUGCGAGGCGCAAGGCGAGGAGGCGCGCGUCCUGGUGUGGUCUCGCGGAAGGCUGCGGCUGUGGGAGUUGCUGAAGCACGAGCAUCGCGACGCCUCUCAUCGUGAAAACGAUACAUUGGAGUUGACCUCUUUGGCGGCGGCCCUAGUCGACGGCGAGUGGUGGACGUGGUGGGGCGACGGCGCCGGCAGGCUGCGUAGACUGCGGCUCGGUUCGCUACGGCCGGCCGGGGCGAGGCACGACGCUCUACUGCCCUGGCCCGACGUGCCCGCAGACGGCGGCGAUCUGGAAAGUAUCGUCAGUCAUUGCGGCUCCAUCCGCGGCGUCGCACUGGACGCGGUCGCCGGGCGCGUAUACUGGACGGCGGUCGAGGAAGACGGCGCGCGCGGUUAUGUCGGCAGCGCGGCUCUCGACGGCCGCCGUCGCGUCACUGUCUGGAGGAAGCGUGGCGCCGAGCCCGACGACGUCGUCGUGUCGGCCGAGACGGGCGAGCUGUUUUGGUCGGAGCGGGGCGCCGAGCCAGGCGUGUACCGUGCGUCGCUGUCGGGCGCGGACGUGACGUGGUUGGUGCGCCGGGGUGUGCGACGCGUUACCGCGCUCGCGCUCGACGCGCCUUCAUCGAGACUCUACUUCGUCGAUCCGUACCGGGGCACGCUCGAGAGCAUCGCCCUCGACGGCUCCGAUAGAGCCCUGCUCCUGCGAUUCGAGCAGCAUGCGUCGAGCGAACCUCGCUCGGACCGUGACCGCGUUUCAGCGGUGGUGACGGGGCGAGGUUGUGCGCGGAUAGCCGUGUGGGAGGACGCGGUGUGGUGCGCGGGCGCACGUGGUCUGGCGCCCCUGCCGCGGCGACCGACGCCCGGGGCGCGCCUCGCGCUCCUCUACAGGCACCGCGAGCCCGUGUCCGCACUGGCCGUGCUCCAUCCCGCGGUGCACGCGUCGCCCGCGCCCUCCGGCGACCCUUGCGCCCUACAAAGCGGCGAGCCCGCGUGCGACGAGAGCGCCGAGUGCGUUCGCGGGGUGCGCGGCUCUCCACCUGUCUGUCUCUGCCCCGAUGGGCUGCAGCCCACGUCGAUCGCCCCCGACAGACACCGGCAGUGCGUGAUCUCAUCGAGCGCGACACGGGGCGAAGACAAGUGUUCGAAGUCGUGCGGGCCGGGCGCGUGCGUCGGGCGCGGGAAGAGCGCAAAGUGCGUUUGCCCGCCACUGUUCGCGGGCGAGCACUGCGAGCACUAUCGGUGCGCGACGCACUGCAACAGGCGCGGUCGUUGCGAGCUCGCGGCCAACGCGACCGACGGGGACGAACCGCCCCCCCUCCGGUGCACCUGCUUCCCAGGCUACGAAGGUCCCCGCUGCGAGAUCGAGACGGACCCCUGCGCUUCGCUCGAGUGCGUCCAUGGCCAAUGCGCGCGCGUGUCGCACCGCGCCGCCUACUGCGCUUGUGCGCCGCUAUUCACGGGUCCGCGAUGCGACCGUUGCCUCGACCUUGGCAACGAGGACUGCCUCUGCGAGGGCAAGUGCCUCCACGGGGGCCUGUGCCACGUCAUCGCCGGGGACUGGAUGUGCUCGUGUCCGUCCGGGUGGCGCGGUCGACGCUGCGAACUGCCCUCUACCGGCGACCGGAACGGAACGGAGCACCGCAGCGACGCCAUCGCGGAUGAGUCGCACAGUGAGUUGAUUACCAUCGUGAUACCGACCGCUCCGGGCCGGUUCGACCGCGUCAUCGAUCUGACCGUAACGGUAGAAGCCAGAAAGGUCACGUGCCACAAGUUUAAAGCGGGGACGAUUUAUUUACUUUUAAACACGCCGAGACUCGCGCCCGACGAGGUCACCCCGCCGCGGCCUUCACCUUCGCCGCUCGAUGACUUUGAGUGUGCCUCUGGUCUACGGCCAGAAUGUUUUGAACGCGAGAUGGAGAAGGACGACGUCGACGAACAGUGGGCGAAUGCGCCUCUGACGACCCCGUACUCGAUGGUUCGCAAAAGGCGAAGCGACGAGACGCCGCUGUGGUGCAGCGACGCCUGUCGGCACGGCGGCCGCUGCGUCGCCGUCGAGGCCGAGGGCGGAGAGAGGGGCGCUUGCGCGUGCUACGGCGCAUGGGGCGGGCCCACGUGCGCGCACUACGUGGGCCACGACCACGCGUGCCUGUCGCUCGCGUGUCCGUCGCCGGCCAUCUGUGUCUGGCGGCACACGGACAUCUCGUCGCCGGGGGCGCCCCGCUGCGCCUGUCCGGCCGGAGCGAGCUGCGCGCCGCGCGGUCUCGCCGGGCCGCAGAGCGAAGCGGCGGGCGCGUGGCUGGCGGGCCUGCUCGCCUUGUCGGCGAUCGUCGCGGUGCUGGUGGGGGCGGCGUUCGUGAUGCGCCGGAGGCGGCGCGGCGCCUUCGUGCACGCGCGGCUCGCCGAGAACGUGGAGAUCAACAACCCGAUGUACUUGGGCGGCGAAGACGAGCGCGCCGACCGCCACUCGCACAACAACGGGCGCAACCACUUCGCGAACCCCGUGUACGAGAGCGUCUACGAGCCGCCGAGGAAUCCCGUCGACGAAGACGCCGACCUGCUCGAGCGCUCCGAGGGCUCGCCCCCGCCGGCCGAGGGCGCGGCGCUGCUCUGA